UCCCCGCCUCUUCACUCCCAACGCUUUACUCCCUACUCCCCCUGCAAUCUCUACACAGCCAGCUACGGAGGCCCCUAAAGUACAAAUAUCCCCCAGGCCCUGGCGUAUCCUGAUAGGUUUUGUCCUUGUUCCUCCAAUCGGUCCUAAGGGCCUGCGUUCAAUUUUUGCCAGGGAUCUGGCUUGUGAGCUGGUUCUGGCGGCAGGAAUUCAAGCGCUCUUUACGGAAGCAAAAGUUGUUUGUUUUUUGUUUUUUUGUGUGUGUUUUGUUUUGUUUUGUUUUGCCAGUGAGGCCUCCCGCAUUCCUUCCCUCCCACCUCGCGGAAUUGUGGCGGGAGGGGGAGGAGGAAGUCAAGGCGCCUGCGCGGAGAGGCCGCUUUCCAUCCGGGUCUCUGUCCGUGCGGUGCAGCAGGUCGGUAGGCGGGAAAUGGCGACUGGCUGAAGGAGCUGGUUCUGUUGCUGCUGCGGGCUAAGCGGGAAAGACACCACACAUUGCGCAGUCGGGACCAUCGCCGGAGCCUGAGGACACUUUUCUGUCGUCACAGUUAGUUUUAUAUGUGGCACUCAUAAAAGAUGAGGCUGAGAACACGGAAAGCUUCUCAGCAAUCAAAUCAAAUCCAAACACAACGUACUGCUAGAGCAAAGAGGAAAUAUUCAGAGGUUGAUGAUAGCCUGCCUUCAGGGGGAGAAAAAACACCGAAAAAUGAAACCGGCUUGUUGUCUUCAAUUAAAAAAUUCAUUAAAGGAAGCACACCCAAGGAAGAGAGAGAAAAUCCUUCGAAACGGAGUAGGAUUGAACGUGAUAUAGAUAAUAAUUUGAUCACAUCAACACCAAGAGCAGGAGAAAAGCCUAACAAACAGUUAUCUCGAGUAAGACGGAAAAGUCAAGUAAAUGGAGCUGGUAGUUAUGAGAUGACAAAUCAACAUGUAAAACAAAAUGGAAAAUUAGAAGAUAAUCCUUCCUCUGGCAGUCCUCCAAGGACUACAUUGUUGGGGACCAUAUUUUCUCCUGUCUUCAACUUUUUUUCACCAGCAAAUAAAAAUGGAACAUCAGGAUCCGAUUCCCCAGGACAGGCUGUGGAAGCUGAAGAGAUAGUAAAACAACUUGAUAUGGAACAGGUGGAUGAGAUCACUACCAGUACUACUACGUCAACGAAUGGAGCAGCUUACUCAAAUCAAGCAGUUCAAGUGAGGCCAUCGAUAAAUAAUGGUUUAGAAGAAGCAGAAGAAACAGUUAAUCGUGAUAUCCCACCCCUUACAGCACCAGUAACUCCAGAUAGUGGUUAUUCAUCAACUCACGCAGAGGCUACCUAUGAAGAAGACUGGGAAGUAUUUGACCCGUAUUAUUUCAUCAAACAUGUUCCACCACUGACAGAAGAACAACUAAAUAGGAAACCUGCUCUUCCAUUGAAAACAAGAAGCACACCAGAAUUCUCCCUAGUUUUAGACCUGGAUGAAACACUAGUACACUGUAGUCUAAAUGAGCUAGAAGAUGCAGCACUUACUUUUCCAGUCCUUUUCCAAGAUGUCAUUUAUCAGGUUUACGUGAGAUUAAGACCAUUCUUCAGGGAAUUCCUGGAACGAAUGUCUCAGAUGUAUGAGAUCAUUCUUUUUACUGCUUCUAAGAAGGUGUAUGCAGACAAGUUACUGAACAUACUAGACCCUAAAAAGCAACUGGUCAGGCAUCGGCUUUUCCGUGAACAUUGUGUUUGUGUACAAGGAAACUAUAUAAAGGACUUAAAUAUCCUUGGAAGAGACCUUUCAAAGACUAUAAUAAUUGACAACUCACCACAAGCCUUUGCAUAUCAGCUAUCUAACGGAAUCCCUAUAGAAAGCUGGUUUAUGGAUAAAAAUGACAAUGAACUCCUAAAAUUGAUUCCAUUUCUGGAGAAGCUUGUAGAACUGAAUGAAGAUGUUCGACCUCACAUCAGAGACAGAUUUCGCUUGCAUGAUUUGCUGCCCCCAGAUUAAGUACAAAGACUUGUCAAAUCACUGAAGGGGGAGAGAAUGCAGGACCCUUUUGGACUAAGACAAAAACAUUGCCAUUACUGUUGAAAUUUUGCAUUUUUGUACCCCGUCUUGCUUUUCUUAUCUUUGGUGCCCAAUAAUAAUCAAGGGUUACAGAAAGAGACUUUAUCUCAGAUUGAAUACACACAGUAGGUAGGCUAAAACAGAAGAGUCUUUAGAACUAGUGCAACUCCAGUGAAAUUUUUUUAUGUACAGGACAUCUGCAGUUUAUAAAGAAUUCUGUUUCUGCCACCAGCAGUUUGACCUGUAGUCACACAGGAUUUUAUGAUAAUAACAGAGAUGAAAAUGGACUUUUAUUUUCUCUCUGUUUGGUGCUCUAAGUGGGUUUGUAGCCACUUUUCUGUUACUUUAAGAUUCUCAUUUCAACAGGAAUGGCCAGUAAAAGUUGUUUUAUUUUUCCUGUUAAGGUUUAUAACCUUUUUACAUUUUUGACCUGUAUUAGAUUAGAUUUUCAUUAUGCAUUCCUUUUAGUUGAGGCGCUUCAUAGUUUUCUGGAAAUAGUCAAUUUUUAGUUUUUUAUUAUACAUUUGAAUGGCCGUUUUCCUGCUUUGUCUGCCUGCAUAUUGUAUAUUUGUUUAAAAAUAUUCUCUACUUUUAGUCCAUGUAAGUUUCAUUUAGAAAGACAUGCAUUUAUAUUUUGUUUCUGUAAUAUUCUACUGUAGGUGAAAUCUUUUAAAAAAAAAAUCAAAGGACUGGGUAGAUAAGAAUAUAUGAAUGACUAAUAUUCAAAAGAUUUAAACCAUUGUGAUGGCAUGUGUUCCCAAAUGGUAAUAUCUUGCAAUGGCACACAGAUUUAAUGGAUAAAGGUAUACCUCAGACUUCACUGUGCUCACCAAUCUUUGAGGAGAAUGAGUUUGGUCACCUGUUGGGCUUGAUGUGGUUACUGCUGCCUUUGGUUUUCUCCAGGAAUGAAGUAUUCAGCACAGUGACUCAGUAUUUUUAGUUAUUUUGCAUGGGCUGGUAGUACCUCUGUUAUGCUCUUGGUUACAAUCAAUUUAAAACUCUGUGUAACAGUCUUGGUACCUUACAGUAGCUAUGCAUAAUCCUGUGGCACAGUAAACUCCCAAGCCACCAAUGCAGUUAAUAUGCUCUCAUAGUGGUUUUCUAUGCUAUAUGAAAAUAGUCUUCAAGCCUUGGUUCUCUAAUGCAGCUACCACAAGAGGUUGAUAUUUUUAUAGUGGUGUGUAAUCUCCUUUUCGGGAGGCUUUUUAUGGAAGGUAGAAUUUGUAAAAGUUAGUAUGCUUUGCCUCUCAACUGCAUUAACAUGCCACAGGCUCAGACUGUUUUUGUGUAAAGGAUGUCAAAGAACGGCACUUUUUCUAAAGAGAAGUUUGAUAUUUUGUAUGCUUGUUAAGAAAGUACAGUAUUGGAAAUUAAAGGUGGACAACUGAUAAUUGAGGAGUAUGUCACUUAAUUUUUUAUGUAUAUUACCUGUUUACUUGUACAACUUAUUGUACAAAUUACAUGCAGCUUCAUUUUCAAAUGAAUCCUUAAAAUAAGGAAAUCUUUUUAGGAAAACAUUUAAUUUUUGUAUUUUUGAUUUUAAAGGCAUGAGUUAUGUCAAUUUUCAGUGUAUUAAUGAAGAUUUUAACUUUUCAUCAGGUUGAGUGUUUUCUUACUAUAUUAUCUGUUGUGUAUGUAGUUAGCAUAUUGUGUCACUGAACUGUUUAAAAAAUCUAGCAUGUAGAGCAAGCCUGUUUUGUGGAAAAUCCUUAUUCAUUAAAAAAAUAAUCAUGGCAGAUUUUCUGCAAAAAAAAAAAAGCAAAACAUUUGCAAUUCAGAAUACUGGUUUUUUUUUUAUUUGUUUGUUUGUUUUGGUUGUUUUUGUUUUAAUUUAAAGAAAGGUAUUUUGCUUGCAGGAAAAAAUACUCCAGAUUCAUUUUAAUGAGAAUCUUUGAAAUGUAUUUAUCUUUAGGGCAUCUGGGCAUCUUUAUGCUGUUUGUCUUCUGUCUUUCUUGAAAUAAAAUGUACAUACGUUACCUUUACAUAUGCUCUUGUUCAAAAUUGUGAACCCAGUUACAUUUCUCUUUGCUCCCCUUUUAUGCUCAAACAGUAAAACCCAAAACCUAUACAAGAUCUAAGCUUUCAGCAUGCAUUAUAAUUGCUGAAAGCUUUUCUGAUUAAGUAAACACAGUCUCAAAGGGCUUUCCCGUAACUGAAAGGGAGUUGUAAGCACCUGUACUGUUGUGCUUAUGGGCACUUUAAAAUAAACACCAACUUUUAAUCCUCUUUUAUUAAUGGUAAAGCUGUUCUCAGUCCCAUGCUAGGAGAGUUAAGUCAACUGACAAAGGAAUCUAGCAUAACAAGAUUCUGUAAAGGAAUAAAGAGAAAUUUUAUAUGGCCUGAGAAAAUUUCUUGAGACCAAUUUAUUUUUAUUCAUUACUCGAUUUGAGUCAUUUUAAAUUUGUUGUUAAUACAAAAUUUAAAAUAAUUUUUGAAGAGACAGUUACUCAGUUUCCUUCCACUUUAAUAUGUUUUACCUUCUCAUUACCCCUUCUUUUCUUUAGCUCUUGGUAAAUGUUACCUUAAACACUUCCAUUUAGUUAAGUGGAGGUGCCUAUUUUGUGAAUUGAGAUGUGCCCAGCCGCUUCAAUUCAGGCAGGAAACAUGAACUCUUUAAAAACUGACUGUAGGAAAUGCAGGAGAGAUGGAUACCUGAUAAGACACAGCAAAAGUGACCUAUUUACACAUUACAUAUCUGAAGUACAUAUUAUAAUUGUGAUAUUUCCAGUGAUAAAUGUCUGGCUUUUAAGACAUUCUUUUAAAUAUUUGUAUUGUUAGGAUGUUUAAAUCAGUUGUGUUUUUUAAUUCUAUGUAAAAAUGUAGCCCUAAUCAGAUUUAUAUCACCAUAUUUCUCUUUGAGUCUUAAAAGAGUUGAUAACGAUUUGAAACCAUAAUUGUUUUAUAUUAGCUAGUAUGUGUAUUUAUUUACCCGAUGGCUUUAUCUUGUUUCCCAAAAUUGGGGGGGGGGGUGUUGAAAGCAUUGUAACUUCUAUAAAUGGCUAUUUUCUUGUACCUGUCAGUGAAAUGGAUGUGUACAUUGUUUUUUUAUAUUUCUCUGGUUUUUCUGGUUUGUUUGGUUAUUGUUAUUGUUUUGUUUUUGUUUUUUGUUUUUAGUGUUAAACAUAGAAUGGUUUAAAAAAAAAGUUAUCUUUGGCCAAUGACUUUUUCAGCUAGAUACUACUUUCAUUCAACCUUCUAAAGAAGUUCGUUUUCAUUGUUUUGUUCAGUCAACUUGCCUGAAAAACAGAGAGACUUCAUCUCAUCAGUGAAGAAAGCAUUUCAUUAUUCCUACAGAUCUUUACAGCGAGCACAGAAUACUUCAUAAGGACCAGAUCUCUUCCACAUCUUGUGUCAAACACAUAAAGCUGAAAUGUAAAGGACACUGAAGCCUUCAUUUAAUUGUACUAACAUGAUGGUGUUAUAUACCACAUCCGUAGCUAGUUAAAGUUUUCUGAACUGACUUCUCUUUGUCUUCCUAGGUAUUUAUUUGUUAUCUCUUUUAAUCUUGUGUAUCUAAAUUAACUUAGUUAAUAGUUACCCACUGAAUUACUAUGCCAAGCAACUAGGAAAGAAUGUUUAUUUUAUUUCCCCUUAUAGGGGAAGAGUGGACUGGGAACAAAAAUGUAUGGGCCAAAAGGCCUUAGGUUGUCAUUCAUUCACUUUCUUAUUCCUCUCAUGAGCUAUAUUUGAGUAUAGUAUUUUUUCAGUGCUAAUAUGCUUGAUUAUGUCAUUACUUUUCAUAUCUUCCCAAGGUGAAAACCUGCUAGGAACCUGUAUAAAACACAUCUUAAAAUUUCAGAUUAAGAACCACAAAACUCAGUAUCUUAUAUUUAAAUGCCACUUAAAUUAUUAUUGGAAUCCAAGUCUCACUCACUAGGAUACAUUUUUAUAAAAUGUUUCUCUGUAUCUUGAAUUGAAAGUACUUGCCCAGAGGCAAGAGUUCUGGGGAUAUAAUGUGUUUUGAGAAAUUUUUAAAAGGGGAUAAGAGAGCAGCAAGUUUAUAUUUAGUUACUUUUUGGUUUUGAUAUUAGUAUUUUAAAAUACAUCAGCAGUUCCCAAACCUCAGCAUUAGAAUUACUCUGAAGAGCUUAUGAAAAACAGAUUCCUGAGGCCUAGCCCCUACAGAAUUGUCUCAAUGGAUCUAGAGUGGGGCCUGAGAGUUCUGUGUUUUUUAAAAAGCUCUCCAAGUGAUUCUAAUAGCCAGCUUUGGGAAAUCACUGUUUUAAAUAAUGUGACAGUGGUUUGAGAGUAGGCAACUAAAUAAAAGUUUACCAGACAUCUCUGUGGUAGUUUUUUGUUGUUUUUUUUUUUCAAGCUGGGACCAGAUUUUGCAGAACUUACUCAAGAUACAUGGAGGAAUAAUAAAGAAGAUUCAGGCUACUGCUCAUUAUCAUUCUUGUCUCAUACUUUUUAAGAGUUUGCAUUUCUAGCACUUGGAAUAGUUGAUCAUAUAUAUACAGCUGAAGGACAUCCCUGAAUGAGACCAUUAUAUAUAUUAACUGUAAAAUAUUUCACUAUUUUUUUAUUUUAUAAAUCUUUGUAGAAAUAAGCAAUGAAAUACUACUUUCAUCUUUUGAAAUGGGAUUUUUCAAGGCAGUGUCCUUUUGGCAUUAAGGUAGGGGGGAGUUAAUAUUCUCUCUGCCUUUUUCCAUGUGAAUCAAUAUAAAAGUCAUGGAUAUUUAAAAAUCUCAGUUUAAUUUCUACAUAUUUACUAUGCAGUAUAGCCGUGAACAAGUAAUGUAGACUUAGUUUUCUCAUCUUCAAAUGCCCUGAUCACCCUACCUCACAGGGUUGUUGUGGGGAUAAAUAAAACUUUUAUGGAAGCACUUUUCUUUGACGAUAUUU